AUGUCUCGUAGACAAGAUCGACAACAAGAGAAAGAAUUAUUUCGACCACUUGUAUUAUUAUUACAUCGUCAAAAUCCUAGCUGGACUGUGCCUGAUAUUGCCGAUUUCUUCGAACAAUCAGAUAAUCCACCAAAUUUAAAUCGACAUGCUUUAGUAAACAAAAUUCAUUAUAUAUUAGCAAGAGGAACAGUUUGUGAAAGAAAAAGAUCUGGUAGACCACGAACAACUACAACUGCAUCUUAUAGAAAUUUAGUAUUAAAAAAAAUUCAAAACCAAAAUAAAGCUAGUGUUAGAAAUGUAUCAGCAAAAUUAAAAAAAUUGGUUGGAAAUCGUCACCAUCUUCAAAGAACACAAAAACUGACAUAUGAUAAUGAAGUACAACGUGUUAAAUGUGCAAAGAAGUUAAGAAGAAAUUUUGGUGUUACAAAAAGAUCAAGUAAAUGGAUAUGGGAUAAAAUUAUUAACAUGGAUUUUUCGGGAAAGUUCACCUUAGAAUCACAUUCAAAUCCACACAACGAAGGCAUUUGGGCAACAAGAUUUGAAGAAAUACUAUCAACAUCCCGUGAACGACCAACAAGAAAGUUUGCAAGUGGUAUUGUUUUUUGGGGUGGUAUCUCAUACGAAGGACUAAUUCUCAAAAACGGUCCAAUUGAUGUCAUAUUAUGGUUGAAAAAGCAACCAACAGAUAAAAAGAAAAGAAUUUAUAUAAAUGGCCAUUUAUAUGCUAAAUGUAUUAAAGAAUUUGCUCAUCCAGAAAUUCAAAAGGUAUGUGGAAGAGGUCUUACAUCUCAAGACGAUGCUGACUCAAAACAACGAACCAAAAUUGUAUUACGAACUGUUGAUAAAUUAUUCAAUGAUCAAAUUUUACCAGAAGAAGGUGAUGCUAAAUUUGCCGAUAUCUGGCCUGCUGAGAAUAUAUGGGGGAUUCUAAAGGAAAAAGUACAAGGCGAACAAUUUUCAAGUUUUGAACAGCUAAAAAAGAGAUUGAACGAAGAAUGGAAAAAGAUAACUUUUGAUGAUUGUAAAAAGUUGAUUGAUAAAAUUCCUAAUAGACUCGGCGAAGUGAUUAAAAAUGGUGGAGAACAGAUACAAGACAGUUAA